UCGGAGGGAAAAUACGCAAAGCAGGCGAGCGAUUUAGUCGGUGUGAGGCGGUGAUCAUGUGAAAAUGCCGCACGUGAGUGCUGCCAGCUCCGCUGGCGAUGAUCUUGGAUCGACGGACGAAGUAAAAGUGUUUAAGGACGAGGGCGGCGCCGACGACGACGAAAAGCGGUCGCCCGACAACAACCUUAGCGAAGAGAAAAAUAGUCUGAUCGACCUGACCGAGUCGCAGGAGAAGAGCCAAAGCAGCAGUUUUUCCCCGAAGAGCAAUGCGGCGCCCAGGAGUAGCGACCUCAGCCCCGUCUUUGGCAAGGUGGACGCCAUGGCCCAGUCGGCCCUCAACAUGGGCUACUUGGUGGGGCCGUACCACUACCCCAACGGCUCCACGGGCCACAUUCCAGUCACCAUGACCGGGAAAAUCGGCCUGGCGUCGAGCACGACGGGUCUCCCUUUCUUCUGCCACAAUGGCGAACACCUCACGCAGCCCCCGCCCGCUCACAUGGGCAUCCCCCCUUACCAGCUGGACAGCAAGGGCACCAUGGUGUUUUCGGAUUACUGGCGCGCCUUCGGAAUGGUGGCCGCCGCGGCGUCCGGCUCGCAGGUGGUGCCUCCGCCGCCGCCCGUGCCGACGCCGGCGCCGCGGUGUCCUUCGCUGUCGCCGUCGCUGCCGCCGUCGCCGCGGCUCAUGAGCAGGUCGUCGCCGGCCCCCGGGCCCGACUGGAAGCGCAUCUUUGGCUCAGGUCUAGCGCGGCCCAGCGUCUACCCCUUCGGCGCCACCCAGUAUUCCUACCCCAUUCUCAGCCCCGACAUGACACAAGUUGCCUCGUGGCACUCCCCAAGCAUGUACCCGACGAUCUCAUCGGCGAGUGCCGGCUUCCGAAGUCCGUACCCGUCGUCCUUGCCCGGUACAAGUGAAUAUUUCCGGUUUUCCCCGACCGGGCUGAUCCCCCCGCACCCCGGGCUGAGUCCGCACCACCUCGCGUCGCACCCGGCCAUCGUGACUCCGGGGCCCAAGCAGGAAGUCGCCUCUUCUGAGCAGUCGACCAACCACAGUGUUUCCCGCAGGUCGGAGCAGAAGGGCAGCACCGGCUCGGCCUCGGAGGGCGGCAAAUCACAGGAGUCUUCCAGCCAGGCCCUAGAGAGAAAGAAGCCUCACAUAAAGAAACCGCUGAACGCGUUCAUGCUGUACAUGAAGGAGAUGCGUGCCAAGGUGGUGGCCGAGUGCACGCUGAAGGAGAGCGCGGCGAUCAACCAAAUCCUCGGCAGGCGGUGGCACGCGCUGGGCCGGGAGGAGCAGGCCAAGUACUACGAGCUGGCGCGACGCGAACGCCAACUGCACAUGCAGCUGUACCCUGACUGGUCGUCGCGCUCCAACGCCAGUCGCGGCAAGAAGAGGAAGCGCAAGCAGGAGCACGCCGGCGGCGUCGAAGGAGGCAACAACAUGAAGAAGUGCAGGGCCAGAUACGGACUGGAGCAGCAGAGUCAGUGGUGCAAACCAUGCAGGCGCAAGAAGAAGUGCAUCCGCUACAUGGACCUGAGCGGCAAGGGUGGUGAGCCGGCGGACAGCGAAGUGUCCGACAUGAGCAGCGAGGAGGACACGAUGGACGUGGGCAACCGCAGCAGCUGCGGCGGCGGCUCGCCCAACGGGCUGUCGGACAUCAACGGGUUGUCGUCGCCGGGCGGCCUCUCGCUCGGCUCGAUGGCGUCGCCGUCGAUGGUGCUGCCGUCGCCGUCGGCCAGCCUGGCGUCGCCCAGCAUGAGCCUGCAGUCGCCGAUGACGCCGACGACGCACCACCUGCCCUCCGAGGUGGUGGGCCCCGCGGGGUCUGGGGCGGGGGCCGCGCUGCCGCCCCCGCAGAACCCGCCGUCCAACGCCUCGUCGACGCAGAGCAGCUCGGCCAGCAGCAGCUCCAGCAGCGCCGCUUCCGGCAGCAGCGGCCUGCCGCCGCCCCACCGCAACCCCGUCGGCACCAACCCCCGCGACAUAAACAACCCCCUCAGUGUGAACCAGUUGACGGGCCAGGUGAAAGAGACGAGUGGUGCUCGUGCGAUUUCAGUGACGUGACGGACGUCCCCCUGCCCCCCGCCGCCGCCUGCGCCCUCGCCGGCGGCGGGGGGUGGCUCUCUAGCAUUCCGUGUACAGAUAGCAGCGACAAAUUAGACCCGUAGACACGUGCCAAUCACGCAACGACGCGCGCCUCCCCCCCAACCCUUUACGCGCAGCCUCGGUUCUCCGUCUUCCCUCCCCUGCCCCUUUGCAACGACGCGUAGCGCUCCCCCAACCCCCCACUUCGCCUCCCCGAUGUCAGGAGUCGUAACGUUAGCAGGGCUGCUGCUUCCAUCCGGAUUUCUUGCACUCUGAUAUUCUUGAAUAAAUUUCAACUCCUUGACCUGAUUUACUGGCGGGAAAAAGCAGUCCUGAGCUCGUUUUGUUUAUGUUAAUCGAAUCGGAAAAAGUGCAAAGUUCGUUGUACAGUCCUCGUAAGUUUUAACUUCUGCAGGUCCUUUGCUUUUGAGCUUCCCUAGAUUUUGCGUGCGAACGGCGGGUCGCCUGGCUUGGCCCCAAAUAAUUAACCCCGAACACUGACGACACGAAUUUUCGCCCCGAAAAACCUGAAAUUACAACAGGAAAAAUCAAUCAGUCAUUUCUCUUUGGAGAAAUCACUGCUUUGUUUUUACUGGUGAGUAAACGCAAUUUUUUUUUCAAUCCUCGAGUGAGAUCAAAAGGAAAAAUAAUAAAAUUCUCUGUCUGGGGAAUGUCUUUAUUGAUAUCAUAAUUAUGUCGUCAUUACGUAGUCUCCCUCACGAACUUAAAGUGAGAGCAGCUGGUAUGCCUUUUUGGUUUGUGGGGAACUACUUUAAAGGUGGAAAUCAAAAAUUUGUUUUGUCUUUUAAUUAAUAUAGUAUCCCCGCGAAAAUAAUUAUUUUGAUAUAGAAAUCCCACAGCAAAUAAUCAAGCACCAGGUAUCGUCUCCAUUUUUAGACCACCCAGCAAGAAAUUUGACAUCUCUAGGAUAUCCGUAUGAUAUAUACUUUUGAACAGCUUAUGUCAUAGGGCAGAUAUCCUCGGAUAUCCAAUUUCUCGCCGGACAGGUCCGAGCUCUCCUGAGUUAUUGAAAAUAAAAAUAUUGCGCCUAUAUAGGUUAACGGGUCGACGACCUCGUCAGUUUUCGGUGUUGGUGAUUUUGGGCGAAAUCGGAGAGGGGACGGACGGAUUCGUCCCCCUGCAGGCAAAGUCUGUUCUGUAUUAAUAUGAUUAUUGAGAGCCGGAGUAUUUCCAUUCGUGCCAUGUGCUGGUUAUGUUGUUCCCGAGCCAGACGCUCAAAAAUGUUGUUUUUAACUCUUUUAUUUUCUCUCUCUUUGCUCCUCUGUCUUUCCGACUGGGGCGUUCCGCCAUACCUCCUGUAAAUAUCGUUUACUGCGAAUGAGUGCGGUGCAAAUUUCCGGGAAUUAUCAGUUUUUUGAUAAGGACGCCACGAUGACAAUGCCGAAAAUGGCGGAAAAGCCGAAACUGCCAAUUAUUAUCAAGGAAGGUGGGAGAAGCUCCAUACUCACCGUAGCGGCUGCUCCGUUCGUGCUGUUGGCAACCCUGGCAGCGACCUGAGAAUCCCCUGUGAUUAUGGAGGUUCUUGCAUUCCUUGUUCGACUACCUUCCUUUACGCUAAGGACAGUAGAAUCGGGAUCGGCGCGAAUUCGCCGUGUUCCCGCGGACACGCCCCCUUCUGACGAGGGGGCGUGCGUGGCCGGAACGCGGCACAUUCCCGCGGGUCCUUCCUAAAAAAUUGCCAAUCGGACCCUCGAUCGAUCAAUCUGUCUGUCUGCAAGUGCCAUGGAGGAGAUUCUCGGAGCCCGGGGCCGCCGAGGCCCCCUCCCCUCCCCCCUGACGCCGCCGCAGCCGCCGGCUCGUCGAAAGCUGGAUCUCAACUAAUAAUUCACGAUGUAAACAUAAUUAUUUCCUUGUACCACUUUAAGUAAAUCUACUUACUUACACCUACUGUUACGUAUUUAACUCGUGGGCGCCGGCGGCCGCGGCGGCCCCUCCCCUCUCCUCUCACCCUCGGACUCAACUCACUCACACACACACACACAUACAUACACACACGCUGGGGGCUUCGGGGGGCGGGCAGGCGGGCGGACGUCCUCUCGAGUACAAGAAACAAUCUUUUUAGGCCAAAGCACAAAUCAUCUUUCCCCUCUCUCUUUUUUUAAAAAAGAAAACAGACGCGCGCGCGAGAUGAAACAUAAACAAAGAAACACACACACACACGUUAAGAUAAUAGAGAAUCAGCCAGCGCGUCCCGUCCGGACGACCGUGAGCCGGACGACCGGCCCUUUGGACUUAUUUUGUACCCGUGGAAAGUCGGCGUCGUCCCGGCGGGCGCACUCGGACCAAAAUCAGUUGUGCCAGAGCAUUUACCGGAAUGGAUUUUCCCUAACAGGGUCGACUGGCACCAGCAUUUGUGAUAAAAAUUUAAGAAAGAAUUUUUAAGGCCUAUGUUAUUUUUUUUCGUUGCUGAGUUUAUGAAAUUGUAAAGAAAUAAAAAUCAACAAAUUAGACACGAUUGAAAAGAGCGGAAAACAUAGAAAAAUGUCGAAAAGAACGAACGGGAGAGUGCAAUUUGAGUUUAUCUGUUAAAAACUUGUGUUUUUUUCAAUGUAAUUCACUGUUUUCCUAUUAAACCUAUGUAUAGUAUGUAUGUACAAUGAAUAAAAACAUCAGCCGAUACGAAA